AACCAGAGAAGAAAAUGGUUCUAGAAAAGAAGAUGGAAAGAUGGAACCAGAAGAUAAAUGGUUCUAUGAAAUAAGUAGUGGUGAUUUAGGAAUUAAUAAUCAACCAUUUCCCGAGAUGAAAGAAUUGUUAUGGGGACCAUUAUUAGGAAUAGUUGAGAUAUAG